AUGGCCUCCCGCGCCGCCAUUCCGUUCCUUGUCGGCAUGAUGCUGCUCACCGGCGUCUGCAACACGCUGUUAACCAAAUACCAGGAUAACCAAUGCGUCCGGCACUGCGGGCCCGACGACGUGGAACGGCCCGUCCUUUUCGAGCAGCCGGUGCUGCAGACGGCCCAGAUGUUUGUCGGCGAAAUGGGCUGCUGGCUCGUCGUCGGCCUGCUAUCCCUAUAUCGCAGGCUCACCUCUCGCUUGUCGCCCGCUGGGCGUGGGUACCAGACUGUCAACACCGCGGAUGGGGCCGAUGGGCACGUCGACGGCUGUCCGAAGCCCGAUGCCGAUGGCCCUUCGGUUCUUCGGGGCCUGCGAGUUAUGCUCCUUGCGCUUCCGGCCAUCUGCGACAUUUGCGGCACCACUCUCAUGAACGCCGGCCUGCUUCUCGUUGCGGCUUCCAUCUACCAAAUGACGCGAGGCGCGCUUGUCCUGUUUGUCGGCCUCUUCAGCGUCGUCUUCCUGCACAGGCACCUCCGCCUGUUCCAGUGGCUUUCCUUGGCCGGUGUCGUCCUGGGCGUGGCCGUCCUUGGCAUCGAGUCAUCGGGUGCUGCCAUGUCCGACGCCGCGAGGGCCGUCGUCGGGGUCCUGCUGAUUGCCGGAGCGCAAAUAUUCACAGCCACCCAAUUCGUGCUGGAGGAGUGGAUGCUGGAGAACUCCUCCAUCGAGCCAAUCAAAGUCGUUGGCUGGGAAGGCAUCUUUGGCUUCCUCGUCACUCUCCUCGUCAUGGUGAUCAUGCAUGUGACCGUUGGUCGAACCGACGCCGGCCGCUACGGAUAUUUCGACAUGGAGGAGGGCUUGCGUCAAAUGAUGCAGAGGCGCAUCUGGACUUCGAGUGUUCUCAUCAUGAUAAGCAUUGGUGGCUUCAACUACUUUGGGCUGUCGGUAACACGCAGUGUUAGUGCGACGUCGAGGUCGACCAUUGAUACAUGCAGGACCUUGUUCAUCUGGAUCGUAUCUCUGGGUCUCGGCUGGGAGUCUUUCAAGAUGUUGCAGAUUGUCGGCUUUGCCCUGUUGGUCUACUCAACGUUUGUCUUCAACGGCAUUGUGCGGCCGCCUCUGAGCAGCCUACGACACGGCGAAGAGGUGGAGGAGCUACUUCCGGAGGAGCCGAUUGAGCAUCAGUAA